UUGACCAUUUUCGGCAUUCCUAAAGAUGUGAUCAAAAUAUCAUCGUCUGAUAAACUUUGCUGUUGUUUUAAAGUUUCUUCUCGUCAUGUCACGGCUUAAAAGCGCAUUCUCUAAAUCAUUUGCAGUUGAUAUUCUUCUUCGACAAUUUUGUCGGCAGAUCUGUACGACUGAAACCACUUUCACAAGAAAUAGCUUCGACUCCAGCAGCGAGGCGAUAAAACUCGAAGCAAAUUCUUCUUAUCGUCGAAUGAAAAGUUUACACGAAACCUCCAUCACAGACACAAUCACUUUGAAUGAUAAGGUCAAAAUUCCUUGCUUUGGGUUAGGAGUUUACGACAUCGACGUUAAGUUAACCCGAAAGGCUGUUCUUUGCGCUUUAGAAACUGGCUAUAGACAAAUUGAUACAGCAGCAAGGUAUAAAAAUGAGCGAAGUGUUGGCGAAGCCAUCAGGGAGAGCGGGCUCAAAAGACAAGAAGUGUUCGUUGUCACGAAAGUUUAUCACGAAGAUCAUGGUUAUAACGAAACUCGUAUUGCUUUUGAGAAAAGUCUGAAGUUGCUUGGUGUUGAUUUCGUGGAUCUGUACUUGAUUCAUUUUCCGGUACCAGGGAAAGUAGUUGAAACGUGGAAAGCAAUGGGUGAACUGAAGGAGAAAGGAUUCAUAAGAUCAAUUGGAGUAUCCAAUUUCAACAUCCACCAUCUGGAAGCCCUCAAAAUGCACAGUGAAAUAACACCAUCUGUCAAUCAAAUUGAAGUCCACCCAUUCUUACAGGAAUCAUCAUUGGUAGACUAUUGCAAGGAUAGAGGGAUUGUUAUACAAGCAUAUUCUCCCCUGACAAGAGGACAAAAACUUGAUAAUCAUGUUCUGAGAUCACUUGCAUAUCAGUACAAUAGAACUCCAGCUCAAAUUCUGCUGCGAUGGAGUCUUCAAAAGGGAUUCGUUUGUAUCCCAAAGUCAUUUCAAAGUGAGCGUAUCAAAGAAAACUCCAAGGUUUUUGAUUUUUACAUUGAGGAACCACACAUGGAAAUAUUGGACAGUCUAGAAGAAGGGUAUAGAACUGGAAGGGAUAAGAUACUAUGGCCUUGGAACGGUUAGUCAUCUAUAUGCCUACCACUCAGGGAGCAAGGGGGUACUGUAGCCUCCAGAAUUUUUUCCUGUUCCUCCCUGCUUGAUCCAGCCUUUGAUGGCUGUUAGCUCCCUAAAACAAAGAUAUGGUUUGUGGCCCCUGUCACUGGAGCAGAUUUCAUAUGACUUUUCAYCUGAUACAGUUGCAGAAAUUCACAGAAAACACUGUAUUAAGAAAAGAUCAUAGCUAACAGUAUAGCAUAACAUGAAAGUCCCAUACAAACUCAAACAAAAUCCUUUGCUUGUAAAAUUAAUAUUCUGGACAAAUUUAUUGUACACAAUAUGUUUAUUAGAAAUAUCCUAUUGAAAUAUUUAUUAGAGUGCACGUCACAUAAGCAUGAAACAAUUCUUAACUAAUUAGCGSCUAAUAAGAUUUAGUUAUCAACUAACUAAGAGUUUAGUGAGGCAUAAACAAAGACAAGCUU